GCAGAGACAACCAGGAACUGAGUCAGUCUGUCCUGGGGAUCCUUCUCCUCACAGCUCCCUGGGGAAGGCUGUGCCAUCCUGGCUGGACUCGGACUCAUGGCUCUGGUCAGAGUCAUGCCACCCCCGGCUCUGAGGCUCCCCCUGCUCCUCUGUGUGCUGCUGCUGCCGCUGGAGGCCCAGGGAGGGUACCGUGGACGUAAGUGGGCCCCAGCGUCCCCGUGGACUCCGGAAGCCGCGGCCUGUAAGCAGUGGCCCAGUGCUGAGCGCUGCAGCCUCCGCUGUUCCUAUUUCCAAAACUGUCAAGUAAACAGCACGUGCUGCUUGACCUUCUGUGGGAGCGUUUGCCUGAGCAUCCUGUGAGCAGGGGCGGGGGGCUUGCUUCCUGCCCCCCAUCCCUCCUCGCAGAGACUGAGUCCCCCGAAGCCUGAGGACCUCUAAUCCCAGCACAAGACCAUCAACCACAGAGCCACCUCCCCAGGUCUGAACCCCUGGUCCCUGUCAAAUAAACUGGAAUGGCACCUGGCCUCUUACUCCCACAGCGAUGUGCACCCAGAACCCCAGGCGACCGGCAGCACCCCGCCUCCCCUGGCCCAGGGCUCCACUCUCCUCCUGGUCGUGCUCUCUGCUCUGUCCCUUUGCCACA